UUUGCUGUUUCAGUGUAAUAAAUGCAUCUUUCCAAAAAAGCCUCAAGAGAUAUUACAGCCGCGUAGCGAGAAAACGACGUAAUGUUUGUUUUUAGCACGUUAGCUCCGUUCACGCGCGCUCGUUUUGGACGCUCGCGGGCGCCCUCGUGCUUUAACCGGAAGUGGUUGUUGGUGCGACCAGUUAUCGUGACGCACAAAACAAUCAGUCGCCCCUCUAACCAGAUUAGCUAGUUAGCUGCUUUCAUACUCUCUAGAUUAUACUCUAGAUUAGUGAGGCCUUCAUACCGAGGAGGACAUUAGCUAGAUGUCUGGGUCUCGAGAAUCGACUAAAAGCGCAGAAGAAGCGACCGACAGAGCAGAUCUCAAGGCUGAAUCAGACGACAGCAGUGAGGAAGAGGAGGUCCCUGGCGACACUGAAAUGGAUUUCUUGCGAAGUCUGUUCUCUCGGACACUUGGCCUUAGUCCUGGAGAGAAGGUUCUUGAUGAGCUGAGUCUGGAAGGGGUGGCGAGCUACAUCCAGAGUGGGAAGUGCAAGAACGUUAUCUGUAUGGUGGGCGCAGGAAUAUCCACAUCUGCUGGGAUUCCUGACUUCCGCUCCCCUGGAACUGGACUCUACGCUAACCUGCAGCACUACAACCUCCCCUACCCUGAGGCCAUCUUCCAGAUUGAUUACUUCAAGAAACAUCCAGAACCUUUUUUUGCGCUGGCCCGGGAGCUGUACCCAGGACAGUUCAAGCCAACACUGUGUCACUACUUCAUCAGGAUGCUGAAGGAUAAAGGGAUCCUGAAACGCUGCUACUCACAGAACAUUGAUACUUUAGAGAGGGUUGCUGGGCUAGAAGGAGAGGAUCUGAUUGAAGCCCACGGCACUUUUCACACCUCUCACUGCGUGAGCCAGUUCUGCAGCAAGGAAUACAGCAUGGCGUGGAUGAAAGACAAAAUCUUCUCUGAAGUCAUUCCCAAGUGUGACGCCUGUAACAGCCUAGUGAAACCCGACAUCGUGUUCUUUGGGGAGAAUCUUCCAUCUCGGUUCUUUACAUCAAUUAAAAAUGACUUUCCUAACUGUGAUCUCCUCAUCAUCAUGGGCACAUCUCUGCAGGUUCAGCCAUUUGCGUCUCUUGUUAGCAGGGUUCCAAAAAACUGUCCUCGUGUCCUCAUCAACAUGGAGAAGACAGGACAGGCGAGUUUUGCAGCAGGACUUCUGGGCUUUGGAGGAGGCCUGGACUUUGAUUCUGAUGGAGCUUACAGGGACGUGGUGUACCUAAGCACGUGUGAUGAUGGCUGUAUGGCUCUCGCAGACCUGCUGGGCUGGAAGGCGGAGCUUGAGGAGUUGGUGAAGCGUGAGCAUGCUGCGAUUGACAGCAAAGAUGCAAGCAAGAAAGAUGCGACGGCCAAUCAGAGCUCUGAAUGCUCAGACAAGUCUAGCCCAGGACCGGAGGCUAGGAAGAGUGACUAUCAGUAGAACACACAAACGGAAAGUCUACCAGUGAGCAGGGAUGGUCCAUACGGCUGAAAGCUCGGUCUCUUUGCUCUGUGUCCUCCAGUCCCUGUCUGUGUGAAGCUUGUAUAGCUGCCUAAAAUCAGACAAAAUGUCUAAAAAUGGAAAAUGGUCGGUUUCACAGGAAACAUAUUUGGGAAAGAUAAUUUUACCAAGAAUCUCCGCCCAUCUUGUAAUGGUCUUUUUAUUACAGAGCUUUAUGGAGUCCAAACUGUGCUGUGUGUUCUAAAGGAGAGAGAGGUCAUGCGGCCACACUGCACAGGAGCGCCACCUAGUGGCAGGGGCUACACCCCAGCAGUCAACACCACCGUGUAGUUCAGCCAACUUAUGAAAUGCAUGCAGCUUUUAUUGAUUGAUCUUAAUUUUAAUAUUAAUGCUUAUAACAUUAUGAAACCUAGACAUUUUUGUAUAAUUGAUUUUGUAUUGUGUUCUUUAAUAAUGUAUUUCUCUAAAUCAAUUCUAGUAAUAUAAUCCCAGCAGGCUAUUGCGUUGUCGUUUGCGGUGUGUCUCCGUUGGUUCUGGCGUGUUCUGCAGAAACAACUGCUGUAAAAAACUCUUCAAAUGCAAGAAGUAAACAAAACCCAAAUCUG